AGAGAGAGAGAGAGAGCGAAAUACGUUGCGCGCUACUUGAGUCAAUUGCUUGUUUUUGUUGUCACAGUAUGUGAAAUACGCUGCAAGAUAAACGAACUUUAUUUUAUUUUUUGUUACAAAGCCGUUUUGUAUAAAAGCAAUAAUAACUGUUGAAAACAUGUCAGAAACGUCGAGCAUAGGGAGCUUAGAAAGUGCUGUAACGGGUGCGCUGAUGAAACCAACGAUUCGAAAAAUGCAACAACAACAAGGAAAUGAAAGCGAUUAUCAUCCCCAUUCCAAUACCAAUUGCAAUCCCAAUGCAAUGGCGUCCAUUGAGUUAUUGCGCCAACGCACGCAACGAUUGGCAACGCGGCUGCAGCAGACGCAGAAGGAGAUGUCGGGUCAGUUAACGGGAACAACGGAUUAUCCACUCAUCGAACAAAGGGCCAAUCAAUUUAUGCGCAACUUUGUCUCGCAGUCGCAGUUGCAACAAUUGCCGCCGCAGCAGCAGCAGCGUUCAAUGUCAAUAGUUGCUGCUGCUCCUUCAGCUGCUGCUAUUCCAUCGCAACAACAACUACAUCAACAGCAGCAGCAGCUGCAGCAGCAACAACAACAAAGACAACAAUUGCAACAGCAAGGUAAUGUAGCUGCAGUUCCCAUGCAAGUAUCGAUGCCAACUCGAUAUAUAUCGCCCGCACUUCGAUAUGCCAUGCAACUGAAUGGGCCGAACUCAAAUUCAAAUUCAAAUGUAACUGCCAGCUUGCAACAGCAACAACAACAGCAGCAGCAACAACAACAUCAAGAGCUGCGCAAGAAACGCAAAUCUCGUCAGGUGCUCACCGGUGAAAUUGUCGCCCUGAAGGACCUGGUGCUUAAACUAAGCCAUAUUAAUCCGGAAGUAAAUGCUUAUGCCAAGCAAUUGAUCAAUCAGAACGAGGUGCUCGCCCAGCUGGAGUGGCAGAGUGUACAGCUGCAGGCACAACCACAACAACAGCUGUCCCGCUCCCGGCAUGAGUCAGAGCUGUCCAGCACCAGUAGCAGCAGUGCCACGCCAGCUAUGCAGCAAUCCGAUGGCACUUCAUCGGCCCAAUCUCCUCGCAAACGGAAUCGUCAUCGCAAGAAGCGUAAUGAUAAAAACGCUCCACGUUCUUUGAAGACCGAGUUGGAGGCGAUGCGUUCGUAUAUCAAUAAGAUUGUCCAACAAUAUGCUGGCACCGAGGAAUUGUUGCCUCAGGAGCUGAUCUUCAAGGGCGAAUUCGGUGACUUGGAAGCCCAUGCACGUCGCCUGGUUGCCGCCGGCUAUGGACGCAUUGUGGAGGAGGAGAUACGCGUGAAUCGCAAGAACAAUCGUCAGGCAUUCAUAACACUCUCCACAGAUCGCGAGACUCUCGAUCGGGAUGGCAUUGUGCUCCUGCCAGUGGCCCGGCGUUAUGCCUUUGAGGGAGACACCGUGCGUGCAUUUGUGAUGAAUGCCGGAGCAUCCGUAAUCAAGCCAAGUGAGGUGGCAACCAUUACCAUCACUGGCGGCAAGGCAUCCCUUUCGCUGGCUGAAGAUGAGGAGCUGUCGGAGGAGACGGAAUCCCAGGAUACGGAUGAUGAAAAUGCCGCCGUCAUAUCGUCGGACAAUUGCCCCAAGGCGUUUGUCAUUGCGAUUGUUAGGCAAACGGAGCUGCGCCAGAUUGUGGGCAACAUCUCGUUCACGAAUCCCACCAAGCUCUGCGAUGAGGAGCUCUUUUACAAAUUUCGACCCUUCGAUCUGCGCAUGCCCAUGGUGUAUAUACCGCAGGCCAGUUGCGCCAUCCACAUUGGCAACAAGCAGCCGGACGAGGUCUGUGGACUGCUCUACUUGGCACACGUGCUCGAAACCGAUUGUAAUGGCCACUGCAUUGCGGAACUGGUGCAGCCGGUGGGCCGUGUUGGUAAUCUGGAUGACGAACUGAAGGCCAUACUCUUUCACAAUAGUCUGCGCGAUAUUGUGCCUUUCGAGGAUCGCUUUAUUGAGAUGUAUGCUCAGUCGGCGCCAGCUAUAGUCUCUGAAGAUCUGAUCCAUCGUCGUGAUAUGCGCAAGAGUUGUGUGUUUACAAUUGAUCCACUGACUGCACGAGAUUUGGAUGAUGCACUGUCCAUCGAGCAGUUGGGGGAUAAUGAGUACGAGGUGGGCGUCCACAUCUCAGACGUGGCCCAUUAUCUGCAGGAGAACACCGAGUUGGAUAACAUUGUCAAGGAGCGUUCCACAUCGAUUUAUUUGGCCAAUGAAGUGAUACACAUGUUGCCACAGACACUGUGCUUCCGUUGCUCCCUGCUGCCCGGAGAGGAUAAGUUCUCAUUCUCAGUUUUCUGGCGUUUAGAUGGCAAUGGAACUCAGUUGUCGAAGCCAUAUUUUACACGCUCUGUCAUCAAUUCAUGCUCGCAGUUUGCCUACGAGCAUGCCCAGAAGAUCAUUGAUAAUCCAGGCGAGAGCUUCACCGAGGAUGACUUUCCCACUAUACUCAAUGGAUUCACUGUGAACGACAUCGUUAAGCGUGUCACCUGGCUCAAUGGCAUUGCGAGCAACAUGAGAUCGAAGCGCUUUGACAAUGGCGCCUUGACUAUUAAUAAUGCCAAGGUGCGAUUCACCUUGGAUCCUUUGACCGGUGAACCGAUGGGCUUCGAGGUGGAGAAACAACGCGAAGCGAAUCACAUGAUUGAGGAGUACAUGCUGUUGGCGAAUCAGGCUGUUGCACGUUUCAUUCACGAUGCAUUUCCCAAUAUUGCCGUGUUGCGCAACCAUUCGCCUCCACUGACCAAAUCCCUGAAAGCGUUGCGAGAGAAGCUAUCCACACAGGGCUUGGAAUUGGAUUACAGCUCAUCAAAGGCGUUGCAGGAGAGCAUGCAGCGUUUGUGCAAGGAGGCCGCCGAUCCCGUUGCCAUGUGUGCCUGCCUCAGCCAGCUGCUCAUGAAGCCCAUGGCCAGAGCCAACUAUUUCUGCAGCGAAGGCAAGACGGAACCGUCUGAUCUAUGGCAUUAUGCGCUUUCUAUACCCAUAUAUACGCACUUUACCAGUCCCAUACGACGAUAUCCGGAUGUGAUGGUGCACCGUCUUCUGGCGGCUGCACUUAACUAUUGUCCUGCACCCGAACGUAGCCCUGAGGAGCUGCAUAAACUGACAAAAAUUGCAAAUGAACGAAAGUAUAAUGCCAAACAGGCUGGUGACGAUUCCAGCAAUUUAUUCUUCAAGCGUUACGUGAGCAAUCGACAGGCGGUUUAUAUGCGUGCUGUAGUCUUAGAGAUUUAUCAGCAUAUGAUGAAUGUGGUGACACUGGAAUCUGGUCAUGUGAUUAGCAUUAAUUAUAAAAUGCAACGAGUACUCAUCGAUACGCACAAUGCACCCAAUUAUAUUUUAAUUGCCGAACGCAAUCUGAAACAGUCGCCAUACAAAUUGCAAUUGCUCUCUGUGGUGCCCAUAAGAUUGAUUAUUUGGGAUGGCAAAUUGACAGGAUUUCUGCUAACUGCAGAUCAGCGUCAAAAGGGACCUAGCAUGGAGCAUCCACGCAAGGAUAACAAUAAUAGAAAACAACAACAGCAGCAGCAGCAGCAGCAACAGACUGGGAAUAACAAUAAAACUGCCAAAAAUGCACACAUGAGACAUGCACAGCAGCAGCAGCAGCAACAUAAUCAGGAACAACAGCGUCGACAUCAGCAGCAGCAACAACAGCAACAUCAUCAACAACAACAACGCGUCUUUGCUUUGCGCAAAAACAGUUCUUAAGCUCCAUUACCAAAAUAGCAGCAAACUAGACCUCAAAAUAGAUAAAGAUUUAAAAAGAUUUCGCCAACAUUUUCAUUGACAAUUUUGCAAGAUGCUGAAGCGGACGUUUCAACCCAAAUUUCGUAUGUUUUCCUUUGUCCAAAUUUAUUAAUACUAUUGAAUUUCGCGCAUCGAUAUUCAAUGCCGAUUUGAAUUUUAGGCCCAAAAAUUAAAUUCUGUGAUGCCCCCCCCUCCCUCUCACAAAAAAAGAAAGAAAAGAAAUCAAAAGAAAAAAAAAAAAGAAUAAUGACAACAAACUGUAAUCGUCAAAUGAUUAAUUUUUUGACAAUAUAUUUACGUGUACGUGAGCCCAUUGUACUAAGUACAGCAUCUACAGUAUAUUGGCAACAUCUAUAUAUAAAUGUAUAUAUUUAUAUAUAGUACUUCAGUUCGUAAAUAUCGCAAAAAUGCAACGCAGCAGCAGGGAUGUUAAUUAAAUUUCUACCAAUUACAAGCAAUAUAUAUAUAUUUAUGUAUGUUUCCUGAGAUUCUACUUAUCCGGGGGUUCAAAUUAGCGCUGAAGCUUUUGUUUAUGAAUUAACACAACAUUUAUUUGUACAUACCAUACAUAUAUACUUCAUAUUUUCUCUGUAUUCCUUGAAUUGCAUUACUUUAUAUUCUUUAACUAAAUUGUGAAACGCACACGCGUAGAUUGUGUAUUAAGUUAAGUGGAAAAAAAUUAAUUUAAUGAAAUUGCAACUUGAAAUGAAGAAAUCAUUAAAAAAAUUAAAUGAAACCGUUCAGUUUUAAGGCGAAAAAA